GGGCCAAAUUUCUGGAAAAACAAUCAACCUUCUUUCACAAAGAUUUGUUUGUAUUCCAAUGAUCCAAGCCAAUUUACGCCCGUGUGCAUAAUGUGUCCGAAUACAUUGUACCCCAUUGUCCUAACAACUUGCGUCAUGGGGGCUGCCAUACCAUUGAAUGUUUCCUAUACCCAAGCAAACUGCAUUGUCGGAAAUUGUGCGGUUAACAUGUCCCCUUCAAAAUUCAAAAUCAAACGAGAUGCAAGCGAGGAAACGAAAAAUACUUUCGACAGCGAAAAACUGGCAACAAAGUUGCUGGUCAGCGAUUUACCUGAAGCUUUUGAAGACGAUUCUCAUGUUCGAUCUGUGCCUUAUACCAUGAUGGUAGAUGGACACAAUGUCACCAUAACUUCGAUAGAAGAAUAUUUCGUCCAUUCGGAUUACCGGCCAGGAGAUGAUGUCGACGACGAAGAGCUGGAAUGAUGCUGAAAUCCUGAAACGAACCUUCGCAACAUGAUUUAUUGAAACUGAAAGGACCUGAUAACUCUUUUCGUAAUUUAUAUUCUAUUUAUUCAUGAUAAUAAGCUGUAAAAAGAACUGAAGCAAUUAAAACAAAGAUAAGAAAAACUAA